AUGCAAGUCUUUGGCACCUUUAACAGUAGGCCGAGUGUCUACCUCCAUGUUGUACCUCAGCAUCGACACCUGGAACGCAAUGUCCUGAUUCUCAGACACCACCACCUUGACAAGCUGAUCCAAGCCCUUGAUGAGCACGCUGGGGUCUGGAGGCUGCCCAUAGGUUCUCCUGCAUCAAAUUCUGGUUCUGCUCGUCGUGCGACUUCAUCCCCCUUUGCACUUGCCGUUUCACUUCAGCCGGGAGCUGCUCCUGCGACAGAGAGCCGCUGGAAGGUGCCACCUCAGCCGCCGGUAUUGCAGGUGGAUCAGGGGAGUGUAGGUGAGGAGCCCGUCGUGCCCACUGUGCCAUUGUAUGUUCAGUUUCAAGUGUAA